CUCACUGUUUCCUUCUUCAUAGCGCUAUGGCUUUUCACGCGUUUGCGCUGCUUCUCUGUCAGUUAACCCUACUUCUCUCCUUCUUUGCUGUCGCAGAGGGUCGUUACUUCAGGUUCAGAAAGUUUAAGGAAACCAAGCAGGGAUCUCUGUUUGAGGAGCAGUGGUUCACACAGAAACUGGAUCACUUCAACGGUGCAGACACAAGAGUGUGGAAGCAGAGGUACUUUGUAAAUGAAGCCUUCUACAAGCCUGGUGGUCCAGUGUUUCUGAUGAUAGGGGGAGAGGGCCCAGCAAAUCCAGCAUGGAUGGAGUACGGCAGCUGGCUCACCUAUGCUGAGAAACUGGGAGCACUUUGCUUGAUGCUGGAACAUCGCUUCUAUGGAAAGAGUCACCCUACAGUAGACCUCAGCACAGACAACCUGCGGUUCCUCAGCAGCCGCCAGGCACUGGCUGACCUAGCACACUUUCGCACUGUGAUUGGCGAGACCCGAGGGUUGACCGACAGAAAGUGGGUGGCAUUCGGCGGGUCGUACCCGGGCUCUCUAGCUGCUUGGUUCAGGCUCAAGUACCCACACCUGGUCUAUGCGUCUGUGGCCACCAGUGCACCUGUUUAUGCCACAGUCAACUUUCCAGAGUACUUGGAGGUUGUGUGGCGUUCGCUAGCUUCAGAGAACCCAGACUGCCCAUUGCUGGUGAAAAAGGCUUCAGAUGACCUCGCUGAACGCCUGAAAGACCCCAAAACCUAUGACAACAUCACCAAAGACUUCAAUUUGUGCUCCAAACUACAGAUCCAGACAGAGAUGGACUCUGCCUAUUUCCUGGAGACGCUGGCUGGCAACUUCAUGGAUGUGGUCCAGUACAAUGAAGAUAACAGGGGGUUUGAGGGUCUGGCUGGUACCAACAUCACCAUCAAGGUGUUGUGUGGUGUGAUGGCUGAUACCUCACUGGGAGAGCCUUAUGCCAGAUACGCUGCCGUGGCCCGUCUCAUGAUGGAGACCUUUUCUAUGAAAUGCCUGGACACCAACGUCACUAAAUGCGUCAGCGACAUGACUAAUGCAUCCUGGGAUGGACCGGCUGCAGGGGGAGGGAGACAGUGGGUCUACCAGACCUGUGCUGAAUUUGGAUUCUACCAGAGCACCGAUUCGCCCAACCAGCCAUUCACUGGCUUCCCUCUUGCGUAUUUUUUGAAACAGUGUGCGAUCUUCUACAACAUCAGUGCUGAGCAGGUGGCAGAGGCUGUCACCCAGAGCAAUGAGUAUUACGGUGGUUACGACAUCCGCUCGAGCAGAAUAGUGUUCCCCAAUGGAUCCAUCGACCCCUGGCACGCCUUGGGCAUCACCCAGGACAUCUCAGCUGACCUCCCUGCAGUUUUCAUCAAAGGAACAGCUCACUGCGCCAACAUGUACCCAGCCAGGAGUGACGAUCCCCCACAGCUGACUCUGGCCCGUGACCACAUCUUUUUACUUCUGCAGCAGUGGUUGAAGCAGUGACUGAGAGCUAAAUAAGCCCAGCGAUGGCUUUGCAAAGCAAACACAUUACUUCAGGUCACAGAGAGUGGAAAAAGAGUGCUUAACUUACUGCCAAACUUCUGGUUGAUUGAAAUACUAUUUUGCACAGAAAUCUUUUAGGGCCAAUUCAGGUUUUAAAUGCAUGAAUAAAGUUUUUUUUUUUAAUUA